AUGGCAGUACUCCCAGCGCCGGGCUACCAGCCCACCUACAACCCGACUCUGCCCUACAAGAGGCCCAUCCCAGGUGGCCUCAGUGUCGGAAUGUCCAUUUACAUCCAAGGAGUAGCCAAAGAGAACAUGAGACGGUUCCGUGUGGACUUCACGGUGGGACAGGGUGAGGAGACAGACAUUGCUUUCCACUUUAAUCCCCGCUUUGACGGCUGGGACAAGGUGGUCUUCAACACGAAGCAGAGUGGACAGUGGGGCAACGAGGAGAGGAAGAAGAGCAUGCCUUUCCACAAGGGCAAACACUUCGAGCUGGUCUUCAUGGUCAUGCCUGAGCACUACAAGGUGGUGGUAAAUGGAGAGCCCUUCUAUGAAUAUGGGCAGCCGAUACAGAUGGUCAACCAUCUGCAUGUGGACGGAGACUUGGAACUUCAGUCAAUCAACUUCCUUGGAGGCCAGUCUGCCCCGGCCCCGUAUCCGGGUCCUGGAUACAACCCUCCACAGAUGAACAGCCUGCCUGUCAUGGCGGGACCCCCAACCUUCAACCCGCCUGUGCCAUAUGUGGGGGCCCUAUAUGGGGGGCUUACAGCCCGAAGAACCAUCAUAAUCAAAGGCUAUAUACUUCCCACAGCCAGGAGAUUUACCAUCAACUUCAAGGUGGGGUCAUCGGGUGACGUAGCUCUCCACAUCAACCCCCGAAUCGGUGAGGGUGUGGUUCGCAACAGCUUUCUGAAUGGCUCCUGGGGCUCCGAGGAGAGGAAGAUUACCUACAACCCGUUCGGCCCCGGGCAGUUCUUUGACCUGUCAAUCCGCUGCGGCACGGAUCGAUUCAAGGUGUUCGCCAACGGCCAGCACUUUUUCGACUACUCGCACCGGUUCCAAGCAUUCCACAAGAUAGACAUGCUGGAAAUCGAAGGUGACGUCAACUUGUCCUAUGUCCAGAUCUGA